UCCGACUGCUUCCAAAGGAUCUUAGCAAGAUGGUCUACUUUGGGUUGAGAGGCCAGCGGCUGAGCGUUCUCGUCAGUCUGGUGGCAGCCACUGCCUUCAUGCUGCAGGGAUACGAUCAGGCCGUGAUGAAUGGCUUGGUCACCCUGCCCACGUUCCUCGGUGUUUUCCCUCAAAUGAAAGACUCGCAAAUCGAAGGGACCAUUGUUGCUAUUUAUGAGAUUGGAUGUGCGAUUGGCGCUCUUUCAUGUGCUUUCAUCGGUGAUGUACUCGGACGACGCCGUAUGCUGUUUACCGCGGGGAUUUUCGUCAUCGUCGGCGUGAUUCUACAAGCCACGCCCUUCAGUCUAGCCCAGUUGAUUGUGGCACGCAUCAUCACCGGUCUUGGUGUUGGCGCGUUUACCGGUACCGCUCCGAUGUAUGUGUCGGAGUGCGCGAGUGCAGCUACACGCGGUCGAAUGGUGCUUCUGCAGGGAUUCUUCGCUAUCGGCGGUAUCGUGCUGGCGACAUGGAUCGAGUUCGGCCUCUUCUUCGUCAAGGACAGCCAGGUUAACUUCCGAUUUCCUAUCGCUUUCCAAGCGUUCUUUGCACUUGUCGUCGUUUCUUUGAUCAUGUUCCUGCCAGAAUCACCCCGGUGGCUUGUCAAACGUGACCGUACAGAGAACGCCCGCGAAGUUUUGAGUGCCUUGGCAGACAUGCCGCAGGAUUCCGAAGUCAUCAACCAGGAGCUGGACGUGAUUCGCGACACAUAUCAGGAGGAGAAGCAAAACUCAAGCUCUUUGUUCACAAUGGGUCCCGAGCGACUUUUCCAUCGUGCAUGUCUUGCUGUUUUUGUUGCGCUCUUGGCUCAGAUGACUGGUGUCAACAUUGUCACCUUUUACUCGACACAGAUCUUUGAGGAUCACCUUCAUUACAGCCCUGUUGAGUCUCGCAUCUUCUCAGGCUGUAUUCAGAUCUGGCAAUUCAUGUGUGCCGGUCUUGCCGUCAUCUUGAUCGAUAAAGUUGGCCGAAGAAAGCUUUUGAUGGCUGGUGCAGGAGGCAUGUGCAUCGCACAGGCUGCGCUGGCCGGUCUCAUGUCCGAUCUCUCCAACAGACACGCUGGUGAGGCUGCCAUCUUCUUCUACUUUGUAGCAAUGUUCUUCUUCCCCGUGGGUCUGUUCCUGCUGCCCUUCAUGUACGCCGGAGAAAUUGCCCCGCUGUCUAUCCGACACAAGGUCGCUGCCCUUGGCGCCUGCACGAACUGGCUUUUCAACUUCCUCAUUGCCGAGGCCUCUCCAACCGCCCUCGCAAAUAUCGGAUACCGGUACUACAUUAUCUAUGCUUGCAUCAGCUUCGUGGCCUUUGUGGCGUUCUAUGUAUUCUACCCCGAAACCAAAGGCCGCACCCUCGAAGAGAUUGACGAGAUCUUUAUUCGCUCGAAGUCUAUAUUUGACCCAGUGAGGGUGGAGAAGUCACUCCCACGGACUGGGUUCGUUGGCUCGGAACGCCGUCUUGAAGAGCGGGUUUUGGAAAAACACAGUGCAGCUCACAUUGAAACUGCGUGA